CAGCAACUACAGCAUCGCCGACGACGGCGAAGCCUUCAACGCCCUCGACGUGCCGGCGUCACGGACGGACCUGACGACGCCCUUUGUGUGCCGCGCCUCUAACAACGACCUCGCCAAGCCCGAGGACGCGCACUACACGCGUAACGUUUCCACGGGACCUCUGGCAGUGGAGAUUCUGCCUUCAGAAGAGCCGCUGUCAGAAGGCCGCAUCACGAAGCUCAUGUGCUCAGUCGUGGGCAGUAACCCACCGCCUGUGGUCACCUGGUACCAAAAUGGCGGCUCCAAGAUGCCUCUCACUGCCAAGGUUGUUGAGCGGGAAAACUUGACGCGCUCCAUCCUGACCCUGAACGUGAGCCGCAGCGACCACGGCCGAGAGUUGCGGUGCAACGCGCGCAACCCGCAACUGCCGGACGCGGUGGAGGCCGCCAUCAAGCUCGACGUUUCCUACGCUCCAGAAGUGGAACUCAGCUUGGGCAGGAGUCUGGACCCGAAAAACUUACGAGAGGGAGUCGAUGUUUUCUUCGUAUGUUCUGUGAACGCCAACCCUCCACCCUACAAAGUUACCUGGUAUCACGAGGACACGGCGCUGUCGCAGGACAAGGAGGGCGGUGUGUUGGUGUCCGAGACGACGUUGGUGCUGCAGCAAGUGUCCCGCGCUGCUGCCGGCAGCUACACGUGCCGAGCCAGCAACGUCGAGGGCGACACCAGCAGCACUCCUGUGCAUGUCUCUAUCAGAUACGCGCCGAUGUGCGCAGUGGCGCCCUCCCUGCGAGGCGUGGGGUUGAAGGAGACCGUCAACAUCAGCUGCCGGGUCGACGCAGACCCGCCCGAUGUCACCUUCUACUGGACCUUCAACAACUCCGUCAGGAGGGAACAAACUGAGAUCCUCAAACCUCACAGAUACACAAGCAAGAAACUGGAAAGUGUGUUCGCGUACAGUCCCGAGUCUGACCGCGACUACGGGACGCUUUUGUGCUAUGCGGCUAACUCCGUUGGCAAGCAAGAGGUGCCUUGUUCCUUCACCGUUAUUUCUGCAG